AUGGCGGCCAAGAUUCAAGAAGAUAUUGAAAACAAACUUAGGAAAUCUAUUAAUCAUCCAAAGCUUCUUGUUGGUGAUACAGUUGAGGUAAGGAGCUUGGAGGAUGAAUUCUUAGGCUCCUGGCAUAGUGGGAGAGUAAUAUUUUGUGAAUCUCAAGCUAGAAUAAUUGAAUAUUAUUAUAUUUUGUGUGACGAUGAUUCAGGAAAUAAAUUGAUUGAGCGUGUGGAGAUUACUCCUGCUAUCAAAGGGAGUUUUUCUGCUGCCCCGUCUUCAAAUAACUACAAAGGCUUGAUAAGGCCAUCGCCUCCUACUUCUGAUUUUGAUAUGUGGAAGCUAGAAUAUGGACAUUGUGUUGAUGUUUAUUACAUGGAUGCUUUUUGGGAAGGUGUGAUAUUCGAUCACAAUGAUGGUUCAUUAGAGAGGUUAAUUAUAUUUCCAGAUAUUGGCAAUGAAAUGUCAGUGGGAGUUCGCAGUCUACGAAUAUCUCAGGAUUGGGACGAGACCAGCGGUGAUUGGAAGACACGUGAAAAAUGGUUAUUUCUUGAAUUGGUAGAUGAAUUCAUUAAAGAACGGUCUUUAAAUAUUUCUGUGUCUGAAAUAUGGUAUAAAGUUAGAGCAAAUGAGAGUUUUAUGAAUCUUAAGGGGUGGACAUCGACUACAAAGGAUGAUUGGAUACAAGUCAUAUCUGAAGUUGUUUUAGAUUACCAAUCCCUUACUUUGGAACAUGAAUUCCCGAUGCUUGAUUCUGAAACUGUCAACGAACAAAAUAUUUCUGAUGUCAUUAAUCUAUUCGACUGUUCAGUAGAAAUUCAAUCAAAGACUGAUUUGGAUAUACGAAAAGAAGAACAUGAUGGAUUAGAUAAAGCACAACUUUCUUUCGAUACUCUACCAAACACUCCACCAAAGUCGAAAACACUUGAAGUAGUAAGCAAUGAUAGUUCUAAUCAGGCUAAAGAAAAAAGGUAUAACAGGUGGUCUGUUGCAGGAACCGACAUUGUGCCAUUUCAUCAGUUUGAUCCGGAUGCAGUAUAUAGAUACUGUCACUCUAGUAAAGCUGAAGAAAAAAACUGGGACAAUUUGAAAAUUAGAGUUAGGCAGCAUUUGGCUUCACUUGGAUGGAAGAUUGAGUUUCUAAGAGAUGGUGGAAAAGGAAUGAUUAGAAUGCGUUAUACUUCUCCCGAAGGAAAAGUUUUCAUGUCACUUAUUCUUGUCUGUAAAGCUCUGCUUGAAAAGGGUUUGCCACCAGUAAGUUCUCAUGAGCUUGAAAAGGGUUCGCAACCAGUAGGUUCUCAUUCUCCGGUUUCUAAGAAGUUACAACAAAAACUCAAACUAUCUGUAGUACAUUCUUCCAAAGAUCAAAUAGUCUGUUAUGAGCCUGAAUAUAAUCAUGAAGCCUUGUUGGAGUAUGUUUCAAUUGGAGAUCAACAUAUAAACAAUGACCAUAGUUGGUCCAGAACGCCUCAUGUUAAAGAUAUUCAAUUGAAAGUCCAAAAGCAUCUUUCUUUUCUUGGAUGGAAAUUCUGGUACAUUGAUAAAAAGGGCAAAAGAGAAUUACGAUAUUGCUCACCGAAAGAGAAGGUAUAUAUGUCCCUUAUAACAGCAUGCAAGCAAUGUAUGAAUGAAGAAAUUUGUUCGCCAAAAAGCCUCUUAACAAAGCAAGAAAACUUGUCUGAAUUGAAGGAGAUUGUUGAUCAACAUGAAAAUGAAGAAAUUACACAAUCCUCGAGAUCUAAAAAGUCAUCCGUAUUGUCUUGGUUAAUAGACAAUAAUGCGGUGUUGCCUGGGGCUAAAGUGUAUUAUCUUUCCAGAAAGGAUCAACGCCGGUUAGCUGAAGGAACAAUUACACGAGAUGGAAUAAAGUGUGUUUGUUGUGGACAAGUUUUUACGUUAACUAAAUUUGAGGCUCAUGCUGGCAGCACUAACCAUAGACCUGCUGCUAAUAUAUUUUUGGAGGAUGGAAGAUCUCUUUUAGAGUGUCAAUCGAUGGAAAAGUUUAAAGAGACAAAAAAGUGA